GUUUUAAACGUGCUGAUUGUGAACGCAACCCUAGCGUGCUCUCUCAGCGGUCGAUUUGGAUUGGACAGAAUACUAGUUGAGGAAAAUGGGAGACGACUUGGGUGACGAGUGGUGGACCCACGAGGGUAAUUCAGGUCCUUCUGAGGCAGAGGAGGAGACACAAGAGAUACAGCCGACAGAAAAAUCAAAUGCACGAACAAAACUAGAGAAGAGAAAGAGGGUAACAGAGAAAACAGUCAAGGCCAAGAAGAAGAAAAAGACUGAACAGAAAGAGCAUAUUGAUCCUCUCAAGAAGGAGACUGAGGAUGACAAGUCAGCCAAACCCAAAAAAAAGAGGAAGAAGAAGAAGAAGACGAUCACAGACGUCUUGUCCUCCUCGGAGCCAAAGCCUGGCUGUCCGGCAGACCUGCAGAACCUGGUUACACAGUACUUCUCAGACAAGCUCUCUGUGAUCGAGCAGGAGGAGCUCAAAUUGCUGGACUCCUGCUUCCUAUCCAGUAGUGACUUAACGCACACACUCUCCUCCUAUCUGAAACAGGUUUGUCCCAAGUGGGCCAAGAUUCAAAAGCAGCACACAGAAAAGAGUUCUGUUGUUCUGCUCAUCGUCUGUAGCUCUGCUCUCCGAACAAUUGAGCUCAUCAAGCAGCUGACUACCUUCAAGGGUGAAGCCAAAGCAAUAAAACUCUUUGCAAAACAUAUCAAGUUAGAGGAGCAGGUGAAGGUGCUGCAAAAAGGCGUUACCCACAUAGGAGUAGGGACACCAGGCAGGAUUAGUGCUCUUAUUGAGAGAGAGGGGCUGAACUUGCGGGCUUUGAGAUACCUGAUUCUGGACUGGAACUGGAGGGACCAGAAGCUCCGGAGGAUGGUGGACAUUCCUGAAGUCAAAUUGGACUUUAUGAAGCUGCUGGAAUGUGGUGUCCUGAAAGGCUGCAAAGAAGACAAAGUCAAAAUUGGACUAUUUUAACUGCACAUUGUAAAGUGUGCUAUGUGCUGAUAACCCACACAGCGUCUUGAUGUUUGACGCCACAUACUGAAGUUCCUCAGAACAUGCUGGAGGGGCCUCAUCCUGUUUGCUUUCCCUUUGUGUCAGUUUGAAAUCUGUGCCGUGCUUUUACUAUUUUCAGAGGCCGUGUCAGAUGUGCAGUGUUGUUUGUUCACUCUUGUAGUCCAAUGCGAUGUCCCAGUGUGAUGGGUUGAAUAAAUGAACCCAGAAUGAAA